GGGGUGCACACCCCGCCUUAUGAAGAUCUGGGAGGCCCCCAAGACAUCACCAGCAGCUGUGAUGCAAAGACCGCCAGGAGAGGUUUCGUGUGCAAAGCAAGGAAGCAUGCCUGGAAUAAAAACAGAACAGGAGGAUCCAGCAGAGUUCGGACCAGGGGAGUCCCUGCAGAGGGACCUUCACAUCAUCCAGGUGGAGACCAAUGGAGAGCUUUCUGGGGAAGCAGCCGCACACAGAAUUAAGCAGGAGCCAGAUGGAGGGCUGCAGCAGUGCUGGGAAGCUCUGCGGGGUAAGUUCCCAAAGGAUGUGGCCGCCGCUUGGCCAGGAUGCGAAAAUCCGCUGCCACCACGGCCUCACUUGGGGAAGAUCCCUACGGAUUUUAAAUAUUCCAUAAAGGGAUUUGCAGACUCCAAAUGGUGGACUCAUGAAGAGUGGAGGGUCCAAACGUUGCCAGGUGUUAAUGGAGAAUCCCAUGAGGUUGACCGGAGCCAGGAUCUUUCUGGGAACCUAGCAGAGGGGGGCAUUCCAGCUGGCUUGGAGGCCCAGCGCUUGCGUUUCCGGCGGUUCUCCUAUUGGGAGGCUGAGGGGCCCCAAGAGGCACUUGGACAUCUCCGGGAACUUUGCUGUCAGUGGCUGGAGCCGGAGAGACACACCAAGGAGCAGAUCCUGGAGAUGGUGGUCCUGGAGCAGUUCCUGAUGAUCCUCCCGGAGGAAAUGCAGAGCUGGGUCAAGGAACGCGGGCCAGAGACCGGCAAGCAGGCGGUGGCUCUUGCAGAGGAUUUCCUCCUGAGGUUGAAGUGGUCUGAGAACCACAAAGAGCAGACACCAUGUGGGCAGCAUCUGUCAGAGACUGUCACGUUGAAGCUUUCCAUGGAGGCUGUAGAAGAAGGCGAUGGAGACACCAUUGUCCCAGCUGUUGACUGGCAAGUGAAGGUGAAAGAGGAGCCCAAGGACGAAGAGACUCUUCUGCCACAAGGACCCAAGAAAGGAGAUGUCCCCACAGGAUCAUGGGAAAACACCAAAGGGAAAAGUCCCCAGGAUCCUGAAAUGGAACUGAUGCCCAGAGGUUUGCAGGUUCAAGAAAAUCAUGUAGAAAACCAACCAUGGAGGACAGCAGAGCUAUCCUUUCUCCAUGAGGGUGCUCACACAGGCUCACACAAGAGGGCCUUCCAGGACGGACUGCUCCGGCGUAAAAGAAAGAAGGUGGCUGUGGAUGGCGGGAAGAACUUGUUCCCGAGCUCUGACGUCCUCAAGAAGCAGAGGCUGCUGAUGGCAGAAAAGGCAUACAAAUCCUCGGACUGGGGCAAGAGCCUCAAGUUGCGGCUGCACCUCAAUAUGCCUGAGAGGAAACGCAUGGGAGGGAAACCCUCCAUCUGGUCAGACUUUGGGAAAAGGUUCCCUCAGCCUUACGAUGCUCCUCAGCCCCGGGAAAUCCAGACAAGAGCAAACCAACACGUAUGUUCGGAGUGCGGGAGGACCUUCAGCAGGCAAUCCCACCUCCUCAUACACCAGCGCAUGCACACAGGAGAGAAACCGUAUACGUGUUCGGAGUGUGGGAAGAGCUUCAGCUACAGCUCGGUCCUUACAGAACACGAGAGAAUCCACACAGGGGAGAAGCCCUACGAGUGCUCGGACUGUGGGCAGACCUUCAGCCGCAGGUCGUACCUCAUUCAGCACGAGAGAACCCACACGGGGGUGAAGCCCUACGAAUGCGCUGAGUGCCAGAAAUGUUUCACGCGGCGCAGCGGCCUUCUUCGACAUCAGAAGCUGCAUGUGGAAAGGAAGCCAAGCUGAAGCCGUGUCUUUUUAAGAAUCUUCCAUUUCCUUUAACUAUGCAUUAAAGAUAAUA